AUGGGUGAUAAUCCAGCUCCCAGCGCUCAGCAGAGCAGAUCCGACAUCGAGCAACAACCGCCUGAGAAGGACAGCAAGGUCAAAAAGCCCAGAUCUUUCUACAUCACUGUCACAUCGAUCUGCCUGUGCGUUUUUAUCUCCAGCGUCAACACUAUCAACUUUGCCUCUGCGCUGCCGGCCGUGGCGUCCUCGCUGUCGGCGACUACCACGCAAGCGUUUUGGUGCGGUACGGUGCUUCUCUUCGCCCAAUGUAUCGCACAGCCCGUCUACGGCGCUGCCACCGAGGCCUUUGGGCGUAAAAGAUGUAUGCUGGCGGCGCUGGUGAUCUUUGCGCUGGGUAGCUUGCUGGCGGCCCUGGCACGGAACAUACAGUGGCUGAUCGCGGUGCGGGCGGUUCAAGGGCUCGGAGGCGGUGGCAUAAACGUCUGCGUCAACGUGAUCAUUGUCGAUCUUGUGCCGAGACGAGAAAGGGCAAAGUUGAGCGGCAUCGUGUCGCUGGCCGGGGCGCUUGGACUCGUCGUGGGUGUGCUUUCCGGCUCAGCUCUGGUACAGAGGAGCUGGCGACUAAUGUUCUGGAUCAACCUUCCCAUUGCGGGUGUCGCCUUCUUACUCUUUGUCUUCUUUCUGUCGUUGGAAGAAGGCCAAGACAAUCCGCUAUCAAGACUCAAGGCCCUUGAUUGGACGGGCAUUGUCAUAUGUGCUGGCUCAGUUGCCGGCAUUCUCUUUGCGUUGGUCAACGGAGGCACUGAGUACGCAUGGUCAUCGGCCAAUGUACUCUCACCGCUGAUUAUAGGAGCCGUUGGUGUUGCCGGCUUCUUCGCCUUCGAGGGAUGUAUCGCCGGUACGCAUGGAUUAGGCCCACCAUUCAUCCCUCUGAGGCUGUUCACAAGUCGCACAGCAGCACUAGGAUAUCUGAUCACCUUCCUACAAGCAAUGAUUCUAUGGGCUAUUCCGUACUACUUUCUACUCUACCUCCACGUAAGCGCCUCGAAGACUCUCGUCCAGUCUUCAGUCCUACUUCUACCGAGCACACUCAUUCUGCCGCCGGCGGCAGCAGUUGCAGGUAGUCUAAUGUCGAAGCUGAGCCGCUUCAAGUACUUCAACGUGCUGGCAUUCACCCUCAUGACUGGGGGCUGCAUCGGCCUUGCCACAUUGCGAGCGGAUCCCACAACCGGUCAGAUUGUCGGGUACCAAGUGCUGUUUAGUCUCGGGGGUGGGAUUCUUUUCCCUGGUCGCCUAGUGGCCGUCCAGGCCGCUCAGCAGGAGCUCAGUUCAGGAAAGCCGGACGAUAGGGCGGACGUGCGCAUAGCCACCAGUCUGGUCAGCUUCACAACAAGCCUGGGCCAGGCGUUUGGCAUCGCGAUGGGCAGCACGGCACUGCAGAGCAGGUGGAAUCCUCUGGUAGCCAGGGCAAUAGAGAUUGGUAGGCUGCCUGACAACAGCACAUACCUGGUGCCCGGUUCGCAAGCAGCGAGGAGCGCCGACAUAAUCGCUCACUUUCCUGAUGAUAUUGCGGCAGUGUACCGCGAUAUUGCCGCCGAGAGCGUUGCAAAGGUGUGGUACAUAUGCAUCGGGCUCGCCGCAGCAGGUAUUUUAGCAGCGCUAGGGUCGAGGAAUCUGGACCUUGACAAUAAGAAAAGCCAACAAGAAGGGUGA